GAUGACACCCGCCAGCUUUAGAGUAAAAGUUGCCCUAUUGGGUACCGACAGCCGAAACGGCCAAGUUUCGGAACCACAGGAAGACGGAUUCAUCCUGUUGCAGACUAGUCGCAGGCAAGAAAAGGCCUGGAGUCGCGUAGGAGCGGGUACCGAGGUAUGCCAGAGGCAGAUAAUAUAAGUCUGGGACGAGAUGCCCCGAUCUGAUAAGAUCCCACGAGUUUUGCCCUGUCUCUCACUCCCCUCCCCCGGCAAAAAUAUCCAUCAUGGCGACUGUCCGGCGUCUUCAGCAAACCCUUUCCCACUUCCAACCGCCCAAACCGACCCAGAAACUCUCAAUUGUCCAUGGUCCGACCGAGCCGGCUCUCCUGGACAUCACUCUGGGUGAGCUUCUAACUCUGCAAAGCCUUCAGUAUGGCGAUUAUGAGUGUCUGGUCUUCCCCUGGACGGGAACCCGCUGGACCUACUCUAACCUGAAUGCGGAGGCCAACCGACUGGCUCGUGGUCUUCUGGCCAUGGGCAUUAAGAAAGGCGAUCGCAUUGGUGUUAUGGCUGGUAACUGCGAGCAGUAUAUCUCUGUUUUCUUUGCCGCGGCCCGAGUGGGAGCCAUCCUGGUGGUUCUAAACAACACUUACACACCCAGGGAGCUCUACUAUGCCCUGGAUCACACCGACUGUCGCGUGGUAUUCAUGACUCCUCGCAUUGGUCGUCACACGCUGGAAGACGUGUUGGCCGAACUGGGCCCACAGCCAAAGCAGAACGGCAAGUCGGCCGUGCUGGAGGAGAUCGUCAUUCUGCGCGGAGAAUACCAGAACUUCAGCACCUACCACGAUGUCAUUCAGCGGGGAGAGAAGCUUCCUAACUCUGCUUUGCCGGAUCGCGAAGCCGAAUUGCGACCCGACGAUGUGUGCAACCUUCAAUUCACAAGCGGAUCGACCGGCAACCCCAAGGCCGCCAUGCUAACCCAUCACAACCUGGUCAACAACUCUCGAUUUAUUGGCGACCGCAUGGACCUUACCUCCUUCGACAUUCUAUGCUGCCCUCCGCCCCUGUUCCACUGCUUCGGACUGGUUCUAGGUAUGCUCGCGGUCGUCACCCACGGCUCUAAGAUCGUCUUCCCCAGCGAGACAUUCGACCCUAAGGCCGUUCUCCACGCCAUCUCCGACGAGAAAUGCACUGCGCUUCACGGUGUUCCCACGAUGUUCGAAGCGAUCCUGAGUCUCCCCAAGCCCCCCAACUUUGACACUAAAAACCUCCGCACGGGUAUUAUCGCCGGCGCACCCGUUCCUCGUCCGUUGAUGAAGCGACUUUUCGAGGAACUCAAUAUGACUCAAUACACCAGUAGCUAUGGCCUGACCGAAGCCUCCCCCACCUGCUUCAACGCCGUCACGACCGACACCAUCGAGACGCGCCUCACAACCGUCGGCAAAGUGAUGCCGCACGCGCGAGCCAAGAUCAUCGACACACAAGGCAACAUUGUGCCCGUAGGCGAGCGUGGAGAGCUCUGCAUCGCAGGGUAUCAACUGACAAAGGGAUACUGGAACAACCCAGAGAAAACAGCGGAGACGCUAGUCACCGACGCAGAUGGCACCACGUGGUUGAAGACCGGAGACGAGGCGAUCUUCACCCCGGAGGGGCGUUGUUCAAUCACGGGCCGAUUCAAGGAUAUAAUCAUCCGAGGUGGAGAAAAUAUCUACCCAUUAGAGAUCGAAGAACGCUUGGCGGCUCACCCAGCCAUCGAAGUUGCGUCGGUGAUCGGCAUUCCCGACGCCAAAUACGGCGAGGUAGUGGGUGCGUUCAUUGCCGUGGCGGCAGGAUACGAGGAUAAGAAACCAUCCGUGGAGGAACUGCGAGAUUGGACGCGAGAGACGCUGGGUCGGCAUAAGGCGCCGCAGUAUGUGUUUGUGUUUGGAGAGGAGGGCGUGGAUCGCACGGUGCCGGUGACGGGGAGUGGAAAGGUGCGAAAGGUGGAUUUGCGGAAGAUUGCGGCGGGAGUGUUGGAGAGGAGGGGUGGUAACUAG